AUGUCUACAUCUAAGGAGGAUCUUGAACAGGGACUCUGGUAUGCAGCUGAUAGAGGAGAUGAAGAGAAGGUGACGGAGCUGCUCCAGCAGGGAGUGGAUGUCAACUGUCGCGGCGGCUGGAAUAAAGACUUGCCACUUCACUGUGCAGCUUCAGGAGGACAUGUUGGUGUUGCUGAACUCCUCCUGAAGUAUGGAGCACCGGUGGACAGUAGACACUGGCGCGGCGAGACUCCUGAGGACAUAGCGGCAAGUACAGACGUUCCAUACGGGUACGAUGAUAAAGACCGCGUCCUGGAGGGAAGGAAGAAGAUUCUCCAGCUUUUUGCAGCAGAAAAGUCGCCCCGCCCUUACAGGUGCAAAGUGGGUAAAGAAGGAGGUGAACUACAAACCCAAUGUUGCACCGUCUCUGUACCGGGUGGGGCCGUUACCAUGGAAACAGAAAUUACCUGUCAGGUCAUCAACCCCAAUGACGUCACCCUCCCCCUGAAGGACGGAGAGAUGUUAGUGAGUGACAUCAUAGAGCUGGGUCCGCACGGGACAACCUUCCACCAACCUGUCACUUUGCAGAUGCAGUACAACAGCAAGUCGUUAGAUGACGCUACGGAAGCUGUCGUGUGGGUCACUGAGGACAGGUCACAAUGGACGGAACUUGAAACCAGUAUUAAAGGCGAAGGCAGAGCCGCAGUAUCAGUGGACCACUUCUCCAUCUUUGCCGUCAUCAGUCGACCCAAACAGGACCAGUUUACUGUGCCUACAGCAGGGCGCAAUCUGACGUCAUCAACGCAGCCUGUGGUACAAAUCAGCUUCCCGGAACAGGCUGUGACCACAGAGACACAAGUCACCGUACAGGUGCAAGAAGUUCCCAAAAGAGCAGUUGAGGACAUCAAGGCAAAGGAUGAGUUUUUCGCCAACCUUGUUGGCACCAGCCCGAUUGUCAAUGUCACUACUGAGUCAAAAUCUGACGUCCGCAUCCACAAACCAGCCACUGUGCGAGUCCCACAUCCCAAACGCUACAUGGACAUCCAAGAUGAGAGGCCCACCAAAGUAAGGGUGAUGUCAUGUGAGGAGGGGACAGAAGACUGGAAGGAUGAAACGGAGAACACUAACCCGCAAGAGUCGUUUGAAUUUGUGGAGUUUAAAGUCAUCCGUUUCGCCAGAUGGAUUGUACUCGUUGUCACAGACAUCUACGAUGACCCAGAGGAGUUAGGACCGAUCCCUUUAACCCUGUGCCGAUGGCUUCAGCACCGUGCCGUACAGUUCAUACUGAUGCAGCGGGAGGACGACGCAAACGAAUGUGUCAUAGAAUGCGCCACAGCUAGUUAUGUCGAGGAUAGACGCGCUAAGCUAAUGAAAGAGCUUUAUAAGGGCCCAUUGCCUACUGACGAAGUGGACAUAUUUGAAGGACAAAAAGUAGAAAUACAGUUUCUGGGCAAUGUUUCAAUCGCGCCAUCCUGCACACAACAACACAUCACCUUCCACAGCCAGAGGCUCAAUCGUCUCCAGGUGCAAGUCGAGGCCCACGAUGGUUCAGAUGGCAAAGGGGCUGUUGCCUUCUUUGCCUUACCACAAGUCAAUGUCCGAAAAGAGAAAGAUAACAACGUGAACAUAAGGAACGUGCGCAAGAAACUCGAAAAACUGGGGCGUCCCUCCGAAGAUCUACGGCCAGAAAAGCUUUGCGAGGUCCCAAUCCGUGUGCCAUGCCAGAAACCACAAAAGACUUCAGAGGAUGAUGGAGCUACGAAGGCGGGAGAUCUGACAGGAGGUGCAACAUUUGGCGACGUUAAGAUGAGCUUCUACUUCAUCAAAGAAAACGUGAGCACGGGUUGGAAAGAUCUGGCUUUCCAUCUCGGCUUGCCGAAUCCUGACAUCAGCAACAUCGCCGGCAGAAACCGUGACGACAAGUCCUGCUGCAUGGACAUGCUGCAGGAAUGGAAGAAGAAGAGGGGAGACGCCGCUACCAUAGAGGUCCUGAUGGAGGCUCUGUCAGAGGCAGGGCUGCAGGAAGUUGCGGAUGGUUUGAAGAACAAAUAUCCUCAACACCUUGCCAGAUAUGGGUAA